UUCACGGAGGUUGAUGCCCUCUGUUGCGGAUGCUUUGGCAUCUUGCUCUUUCGUCUUGCUUUCAUUUCUAAUGAAUUGCCUCCUUACCCCCUUUCUUGUUCCUUUUUCCCUGGAUGCAAUUUCAAAUAUCUCUUUCUUGGGUGUCUUUAAAAAUAUCUGAUCCCCGCAAAAGCCAACCUUUCAACGCCAAGUGAGAGUGCAAACUGCAGAUUCCGCAAGGGCUUCCUUUUGUUUUUCUGUCUAAGGUGGGGACACAUCAGGCAAUCAAGCACUCUGAGCUUCUUUACCUUUCCUGAGAUAUAAGGUUGAUGGGUCUUGUCUAUACAGUCUGAAGAAGUGAACUCUGUCAUACCCUUUUGCAAGGGCUUGUUUUGUUGAAGUGGGUGAUAGUGAUUCAAUUCUUGAUCUGCAAAUUCCAGUGGAUCGUGUGAUUUUCUGAGGGGUUGCCAGUUUAGUUCGAUAAUGAGAGGAGCUGUGUGGGUUGCUGUUGCUGCUUCCGUUGGUAAUUUGCUUCAAGGAUGGGACAAUGCUACUAUUGCUGGUGCCGUUUUGUACAUAAAGAGGGAAUUUAAUUUAGAUAGUGAACCGGCUUUAGAAGGGCUAAUAGUGGCCAUGUCACUUAUUGGUGCCACUUUGGUUACUACUUGCUCUGGAGCGAUUGCAGACUGGCUUGGUCGCCGUCCUAUGCUAAUUAUUUCGUCGGUGUUUUAUUUCGUCAGCGGUAUUGUUAUGCUGUGGUCCCCCAAUGUUUAUGUGCUACUCCUUGCAAGGUUUUUAGACGGACUUGGUGUUGGCUUGGCUGUAACUCUUGUUCCGCUCUACAUAUCUGAGACUGCCCCGCCGGAAAUAAGGGGUACGCUGAAUACGCUGCCACAAUUCACCGGUUCUGGUGGGAUGUUUAUAUCGUAUUGCAUGGUUUUCGGGAUGUCUUUGAUGGAGUCACCGAGUUGGAGGUUGAUGCUCGGAGUUCUGUCGGUUCCCUCCCUCGUUUAUUUUGUAUUGAUGAUAUUUUUCUUGCCUGAGUCUCCGCGGUGGCUUGUGAGUAAAGGGCGGAUGCAUGAGGCUAAGAAAGUCUUGCAGAAGCUAUGUGGCAGAGAAGAUGUAUCUGGUGAGUUGGCUUUGCUGGUGGAGGGAUUAGCAGUAGGGGGCGAAGCAUCCUUAGAGGAGUACAUAAUUGGCCCGCCCAAUGAUCAGAUGGAUGACCAGGAUAUAUCCAAUGAAAAAGACCAAAUCAAGUUAUACGGCACCGAACAGGGUCUUUCGUGGGUUGCCAGACCCAUCUCUGGGCAGAGUGCUGUAGGUCUCGUGUCUCGGCACGGAAGCAUGGCAAGCCAGAACGUGCCUCUCAUAGACCCUCUUGUGACCCUCUUCGGUAGUGUGCAUGAGAAGCUCCCUGAGGGAGGAAGCAUGCGCAGCAUGCUUUUUCCUCACUUUGGCAGCAUGUUCAGCGUCGGUGGUAAUCAACCGAGGAACGAGGAAUGGGAUGUGGAGAGUGUUGCCAGGGAGGGCGAGGAGUACCCAUCCGAUGCAGGUGGCGGUGAUUCAGACGACAAUCUGCAGAGUCCAUUGAUUUCACGGCAAGCAACAAGCUUGGAUCGGGAGCUGGUCCCGCCUGCCCAUGGAAGCGCUUUUAGCAUGAGACAUGGUAGUCUUGUGCAAGGAGUCGGAGAAGCGGCUGGGAGCACGGGGAUCGGCGGCGGAUGGCAACUGGCAUGGAAAUGGUCUGAUAAAGAAGGCCCAGAUGGAAAGAAGGAAGGGGAGUUCAAACGAAUCUAUUUGCACCCGGAAGCGGUCCCUGGCUCACGGCGAGGCUCUAUGUUUUCAAUUCACGGGGGUGAGGGUCCAAUGAAUGGAGAAUUCAUCCAAGCCGCCGCUCUGGUGAGUCAACCAGCUUUGUAUCCCAAGGAGCUCUUGGAGCAGCAUCCGAUUGGUCCGGCUAUGGUUCAUCCGGCCGAAACCGCCGUGAAAGGGCCAAGUUGGAAAGAUCUUUUUGAACCAGGAGUCAAGCAUGCUUUGGUUGUUGGUGUGGGGAUUCAAAUUCUUCAGCAGUUCUCUGGAAUAAAUGGGGUUCUCUACUACACUCCCCAAAUUCUUGAGCAAGCGGGAGUCGGAGUUCUACUUUUGAAUUUGGGUAUUAGUUCAGCUUCUGCAUCUCUUCUCAUUAGCGCGUUAACAACCUUAUUGAUGCUUCCCUCAAUUGCUGUCGCCAUGAGGCUCAUGGACAUUGCUGGCAGAAGGAGCCUGCUGCUCGGUACUAUACCGAUCCUGAUAGCGUCCCUCAUCAUCCUAGUCCUCAGCAGCAUCAUAAGUAUGGGCUCCGUCGUUCACGCGGCAAUCUCUACCAUAAGUGUUGUGCUCUACUUUUGUUUCUUCGUGAUGGGAUUUGGGCCAAUCCCCAACAUACUCUGCGCCGAGAUCUUCCCCACCAGGGUCCGCGGGCUCUGCAUCGCCAUAUGCGCACUCGCAUUCUGGAUCGGCGACAUCAUUGUCACAUACUCGCUGCCCGUGAUGCUCAAGUCUGUGGGCCUUGCUGGUGUGUUCGGCAUGUAUGCGGUUGUGUGCCUCAUAUCAUGGGGUUUUGUCUUUAUGAAAGUCCCCGAAACGAAGGGCAUGCCUCUUGAGGUCAUCACCGAGUUCUUCUCCGUCGGGGCGAAGCAGGCCGCGGCCGCAAGGAACAACUAAUUGCACGGUUGACAUUGGAUAGAGAGGUGCUUGAGUUUUCCAGUUUUGGGUGGUUGCCUUCCUCUUUUCUUGGUGUUACCCUCCUUUUCCCCUUAUUUUUCGGUUGAAAGAACCAGGAAAGUGACUUCCUUGAGGACUGUAAUUUGUAACUUGUUCUUACUUUUAUUCGUUUGUUACAUCUGGAUUUGCUUUUUGUAAAUGCACAAUUUUGGACUUGUGAGUCCUAUUCAUAUUUGAAAGGAUACUUUCUGCUAA